AUCUGUGCUUUGCCUCAUAGUGGCUCUCUAACAAAACUACACCAGUCUAAUUUUCACUAUUUCUACGUGCUAUGAUAUCGAUAACCAUAGAAUAAAGGAGCCCAGCCUCUUCCGAAGCUGGGGAUGCUAGGAUGCUAUAUUCCACACUUGAUAUUUUGGUUGAUCAAGUUCGCACCCAACAUAACCAUUAUAACCAAGUAGCCGUACUAUUAGUUAUUCUGUGCCGCCAUAGAAGGUUAUGACAGUUUAACCGACUCGUGAGCGAAUCGCGACGCGAAGCGAUUGCGAGUGUAGAGUUGGUAUGUUGGAGUCUUGCAAGUUCGCGCUUCGCGUCUCCUUUGACGUUGAUCGGAUACUCCACCGAACACUGUCUAUGACCGUAAUAUGAUAAGAUUCAUAUACUAGCCGUGUCUUAUCCAACCUCGACAUUGGCAGAAUCAUCAACACCUUGAUGGAGCCAUAACACGAAAAAUUGAUAGAAGUUGUUGAUAUUACUCCGUUUUGUGAUUUAUCGGAUACUCCACCGAUCACUGUCUAUGACCGUAAUAUGAUAAGAUUCAUAUACUAACCGUGUCUUAUCCAACCUCGACAUUGGCAGAAUCAUCAACACCUUGAUGGAGCCAUAACACGAAAAAUUGAUUGAUUGAACUAUUUUCCAUAGUAUUUUACUCGUAUAUAUGAAUAAGAAUUCGGUGAAGAGCAUUUUGAAGUAGCUAAUGUGAUGGAAUCAAUAAACCAGUGCCACUGCUGCCUGCAGCGGCCUUCGGAGGAAGAUUUGAGGACACCGUAUACUGUUCUGGGCAUAACGGAAAUAUACUCGGUCAUGAUCGAAGAAUGCUUUGCAAUUAAAGUAACAUCAUGUGAUGAUGGCAAGGGCGGUAUCUGCAAGGUGUGUUUGGGGCGCCUGCGGGAGGCAUGUCUCUUCAAGAUGCAAGUGCAGCACUGCCAGGCCGAGCUGCAGGAGAGGGUAGAGGGAGGUCUGAGUGUAAAAGACGAGGAAGCCUUUGAUGAAUCACCUGAAGAUGGCCCAUACAACGAGUCUCCUGAGUCUUCUCUAUCCGGCGAGUACGGAGUUAGCAUGACGCCUCUGUCCUCGCGCGCCAUGCAGCAGCUCGCGCUGGCGUGCUCCGUGCGGCUCGAGCGCCUCCGCGAGCCGCCGCGCGCCGUGACGUCACACCGCCGGCCGAGCCCCGUGACGUCACACCGCCGGCCGAGCCCCGUGACGUCACACCGCCGGCUGAGCCCCGUGACGUCACACCGCCGGCCGAGCCCCGUGACGUACCACCGCCGGCCGAGCCGCGUGACGUCACACCGCCGGCUGAGCCCCGUGACGUCACACCGCCGGCCGAGCCCCGUGACGUACCACCGCCGGCCGAGCCCCGUGACGUACCACCGCCGGCCGAGCCGCGUGACGUCACACCGCCGGCCGAGCCCCGUGACGUCACACCGCCGGCCGAGCCCCGUGACGUACCACCGCCGGCCGAGCCGCGUGACGUCACACCGCCGGCCGAGCCCCGUGACGUCACACCGCCGGCCGAGCCCCGUGACGUCACACCGCCGGCCGAGCCCCGUGACGUCACACCGCCGGCCGAGCCCCGUGAAGUCACACCGCCGGCCGAGCCCCGUGACGUCACACCGCCGGCCGAGCCCCGCCAGCAGUGUGCACGACCUGCCCGGUGACGCCGCCGAGGAACAAGCCUAUACGUCCGAUGUAGAAUCAUCGAUUAAAUCAGAGCUUAAUGACUACGUGGGAGAUGAGCAGCUGUUUGAUGUGUCGUGUACACUCGCGGCUGUCAAGGUAGCGCCGGUGCAGUCUGUCGGCCGCGCGAGGCAGCUCUCGCCGGCUAGCUCCGUGAGGCUCGAGGCGAGUCCCGUGACGUCACACCACGACCCGGCGCCCGCCACGAGGCAACUGUCGCCGGCUAGCUCCGUGAGGCUCGAGGCGAGUCCCGUGACGUCACACCACGACGCGGCGCCCGCCACGAGGCAACUGUCGCCGGCUAGCUCCGUGAGGCUCAAGGCGAGUCCCGUGACGUCACACCACGAUCCGGCGCCUGCCACGAGGCAACUGUCGCCGGCUAGCUCCGUGAGGCUCCAGCCGAGUCCCGUGACGUCACACCACGACCCGGCGCCCGCCACGAGGCAACUGUCGCCGACUAGCUCCGUGAGGCUCGAGGCGAGUCCCGUGACGUCACACCACGACCCGGCGCCCGCCACGAGGCAACUGUCGCCGGCUAGCUCCGUGAGGCUCGAGCCGAGUCCCGUGACGUCACACCACGACCCGGCGCCCGCCACGAGGCAACUGUCGCCGGCUAGCUCCGUGAGGCUCGAGGCGAGUCCCGUGACGUCACACCACGACCCGGCGCCCGCCACGAGGCAACUGUCGCCGGCUAGCUCCGUGAGGCUCGAGGCGAGUCCCGUGACGUCACACCACGACCCGGCGCCCGCCACGAGGCAACUCGGACAAAUAAAUAACCAGCUCAUAGACACUAAUGCAGUGUAUUCAUGCAAAAUCUGUUUACAAAAGUUCUCAAAUAAAACUCUGUUCAACCGACAUGUACAUACUCACAUGGAAUACAAAACAUACAUCUGUGAUAUGUGUAAUUUGAAAUGCAGACAGAAAUCAGUUUUAAUUACACAUAUUUUUAAGGUACAUAUGAAAAAACACAUGUGCAAAGUUUGUAACAAAAAAUUCGACAAAAUUGAUUCAUUAAACAAACAUCAAAGACUUCACACUGAUGACAAACCAUACCAAUGUAAGGUAUGUGAUAAGAAAUUUGCACGUAUUGCAUAUUUAUAUUUACACAAAAGAGUUCACAGUGAUGAAAGACGAUACAAGUGUGAAGAAUGCAACAAACAAUUCAAACAUAUAAGUGGGAUUAAAAGACAUAUGAAAAUGCACACCGGAGACAAAAGAUUUAGCUGUGAUCAAUGCGGCAAACGUUUUAUAACAAACAGCACUUUAACUAUGCACAAAAGAGUUCACACACGUCAGAAAUUAUAUAAGUGUGAUGAAUGUGACAAAGUAUUCGGAUAUAGAAAUUCUUUAGUUAUUCAUAAAAUAAGACAUGCUCGAGAUGAUAUGUACAGCUGCAACUUUUGCGACGAGAAAUUUCCACUAAUAUACCUUUUAGGUAAACAUAAAAAGAAACACAUAGGAGAAAAGGCGCAUUGCUGCGAAGAAUGUAACAAGAGAUUUAAGACAAAAGCUGAAUUAGAUGCCCAUAAAAUAGCGCACAGUGGAGAUAGACCAUAUAUCUGUGACAGGUGUGGUAAGCAAUUUAAACGUGAACAUAAUUUAGAUCAACAUAAAAAAAAUCAUGAAGAAAAAUCUCACAGUUGUAAUAAAUGUAACAAGCGAUUCACACACAAACAUCAGUUGCAAGCGCAUGAGCGAACUCACACUAAAGAAAAACCAUAUAUUUGCGAAGAAUGUGGUGCGCGGUUCGCACAAAAUUAUAUUUUACAGAAACAUAAACAAAUUCAUUUUGAAAAGGUGCCCGGUGACAGGAAGUGAACGAAAGUUAUUAAUGGUGAAGAUUAAUAAAAAAUAGUGUAUCAAAGGUGCUUCAGUGUGCAAAUAAAAUCUAAUUAUAAAACAUUAUAUUUUGUAUAUUAAGGUUUAUACCACUCUUACUAAAUCAUCAACAUAAAGAAUAUGAUAUAAAGUUCAUACUACGGGUGAAUCAAUGUUUGUCAUUCAAACAUCAGUUGCAAGCGCAUGAGCGAACUCACACUAAAGAAAAACCAUAUAUUUGCGAAGAAUGUGGUGCGCGAUUCGCACAUAAUUAUAUUUUACAGAAACAUAAACAAAUUCAUUUUGAAAAGGUGCCCGGUGACAGGAAGUGAACGAAAGUUAUUAAUAGUGAAGAUUAAUAAAAAAUAGUGUAUCAAAGGUGCUUCAGUGUGCAAAUAAAAUAUAAUUAUAAAACAUUAUAUUUUGUAUAUUAAGGUUUAUACCACUCGUGGAUCAAUGUUUGUUAUUAUUGUUCGGGUCAAAUCUCACAAGCUAAAUUAGACCCACUUCCCAUUUUUAAAUUGGUUGAAACUUCACAUACAUGAUGUUUACAUAACCAUUUUGCCUUGUAUAGCAAUGAAAUCCGUAAAGCUCGAGCAUAUGCUGCCAGCUCGCUAGCCAAGUCAUAAAAUAUAAGACCCAAUAUUGCUUUCUCAGCAUUUUCAGAAGAAUGGCGUUACGUAAGCGACAUUCUCGUGGAAUGCCCAAUAUAUGAGUUAGGCAAAGAAAAAUUUAAAUAGAGGUGUAUUGUCAAAGAAAACUUUCUAGCUAUAUAAAUUUACUGCCAUCUUUCGACACAUGAUUAAAACUUUAAGAACGCCAUUUGAUUUGGAUCUUUAUUGUUUUACUGAUAUGUGUUAUAUAUCAAAGCUAUGACAGCAUCGUUUCGAGCGAUGGCGCCAUAACCUUUAGGUUUAAAUUUUACACAUAUUCUUCUUCCUCGCGUUGUCCCAGCAUUUUGCCAAGGCUCAUGGAGCCUGGGGUCCGCUUGACAACUAAUCCCAAGAUUUGGCGUAGGCACUAGUUUUUACGAAAGCGACUGCCAUCUGACCUUCCAACCCAGAGGGUAAACUAGUCCUUAUUGGGAUUAGUCCGGUUUCCUCACGAUGUUUUCCUUCACCGAAAAGCGACUGGUAAAUAUCAAAUGAUAUUUCGUACAUAAGUUCCUAAAAUGAACACAUACACAGUGAAAGAAUAAGGAUCAAAGUCAAAUGGCGUCCUAAGUUUUAGUCAUGUGUCGAAAGAUGGCAAAAAUGUAUGUAGCUAAAAAGUUUUCUUUAACAAUACAUCUCUAUUUCAAAUUCUCUUUGCGCCCCAGCCGCAUCGCCGUCCUAGCCAUGAUCGCAGGCCGGCUGGACAGCCCCUACACGAGUCACUGUGCAAAUGUUCACGUAAGGCUGCCAUUAAUUGACUGGCGGAUUUUAUAUAAUAAUCUAAUUGUAAUGUAAUGGAAACUGAAUGGCAUAGUUAGUUUUCAAAAAAUAUAUUAUAAUACUAUUUUUAUAGUAAAAAGUAAUUAAAUGGUAAAUAAUAGCCUUAUUGGGCGAAUUAACUUUUCUGUUGUUAUCUUGUCCAGUCACUGUGCAAAUGUUCACGUAAGGCUGCCAGUAAUUGAUUAGCGGAUUUUAUAUAAUAAUGUAAUUGUAAUGUAAUGGAAACUGAAUGGCAUAGUUAAUUUCCAAAAAAUAUAUUAUAAUACUAUUUUUAUAGUAAAAAGUAAUUAAAUGGUAAAUAAUAGCCUUAUUGGGCGAAUUAACUUUUCUGUUGUUAUCUUGUCCCGUUGUUCAAGAGACAAAAUGUUGGCACUUGUUUGAAGAUAUGUAUGAUUUACUAACAUGCUCAGUGGAUGGCCUGUUAUAUCGUAGAAAUGGCAUAAAACUAUCACAAAAAUGUAUGUUUGAUUUAAAUACCAUAAAAUGAAAUUUCAUGAGUGGUUGUACAAGCAGGGUUUUUGGUGUCUCAACCUUUUUUAUUUCUCAAGGCACGGGAAUUCUCGACCAGGAUUUCUCGAGUAUCUUGAGGAAUUUUGAAAGUUUCAAAAAUCAUGUUUCUUUUUUUUACUGUAUUGCUAAUCAGAUUAAUAGGAGUCGUAGGUGAGAUCAAUAAUGUCGUAAAUUAUAAGUUACCAUAAAUUGCAUUUCAUAAAUAUUAAUUCAAUAAUAAAGAAAUAAAUAAAUAACUAUAGGGGUGAUAUGCUAUAUAAUAUUUCAUUAAUUUCAGUGAUUGUACACUUUUGUUUGUGUUUGUCAUUCAUUCACCGUUACUUCUGUUUUACUCAUUUCCUCAAAGGUUAACUGGAAGAGAUCCCAUACAAGGAUAAGUUCGCCUUUGUUGUAUUUAAUUUACUCUGUAACUGUGUUUUUCGUGUUUUUAUUUCUAUGUACGAUAAAGUAUAUACGUACAUACAUAAUAUGUUAUUGUAUUAGACAAGAAUAUUCCAGUCAAUUCAUUUAACUCGAUGAAAUAUACAGAAGUUUUACUAUGUAAUAUACUAGAACAUUUAAAAUUACAUUAGUUACUUUGCUACUCGCAUCUUAGUUUAGUAUUACAUAGUUUACUUACAUAUUAAUUGUUUAGUUUAUACUUUGUAGCCAUCAUAGUUUUGCUUUUAGCUUCUAGGUAAUCACUAAGGAAGAGCGGUGUUCCUUAACACAGGUAUUUAUCCAACCUGUAUUUUGUUAAAUAUGCUUGUGAGAGAAUAAAUCAUUUUUUCAAAUAA